AAUGUUAGUGAUCCUUGCAGCCUGUUAUCUCCUGACGUCUCCUUUCAGAGAGAGUUUGGGGGAGUGCUCGUUUCUCAUGAGGUUCUGUCUCUUUUCCUGCAGAUUCCUGCCAAGUUUUCCUGGUGCUGUUUGCAGGGCUCGCUGCUUUCCCUGUAACGGAGCUCUCAGGAAGGGAGGUGCGUUUGCCUUCAGCAGCUCUGACCUGCUCAACCUGCGUCCCUCUGGCGAUGGAAAUCCGGAAUACAGCGGCUGAGCUCCGGAACAUUCAGGUGUGUGAGUUUUUCUCGCUCUGUGAACAAGACUGGAGCUCGCUGCUGAGCUACGAUUUCGACCUGCCCCAAAUCCGAGCCCAGGACCGAUGCUUAAAUAUAAAUUUCCACAAGGAAACCUGUCUCAAAGCGGUUGCCUCUGGUCUUCAGAGAUACCAGUCCUUCUUGUUAUUGGUGGAAACAUCCACCUCCAGUUCGAAUGAUCGAGUGACAUGGAUGAGAUCCAGUACCCAGCACCUGGCUGAUCUGAUCAUGAACCAGUUAAAGGCUGAGUUCGGCAUCACUAAUCUGCAUGAAGCUGAACUGGAGGUUCCAAUCUCAGACCAGGCGUCAAACUCAGACUGGAGCACACAGGUGACAGUGCAUGUCAUCCUUCGGGACUUCACUAAAUUUAUUGAGGGAACAGCCCGAGCCAUCCGCUUUAUGAGAACGCAAUCAAGUCUAUAA